AUGGCUACACAACAUUCGGCAUCAUUCGGUUUGCGAUUGCCCAACAUUGUCCUCCCGGUCUUCCACUCUACGGACGACUUGGAUGACUUUCUUACUCAACUACGAUCGUUGCUGGAAACAACAGGCACUCCUCCCAAGCAUUGGAUUGCACUCCUCAAACAGCAAGUGAUUAGUGAUCGCCGGUCUUUUGAUUUGGUACGCCUUGCUGAAGCUCAGUACCGUUCAGACCUGCUUGCUGCUGAGGACGAUAAGCAGUUCUUGACCUACUAUAUCAAGGUUCAAGAUUAUCUUGCUUCGAAAAGGGGCAAACCUAAGGAGGAGAAGGCCCUUGAGUUGUUGACUCGUUUCAACGGCAUGGCCCAGAAGGAAUCUGAGACGGUAGAAGAAUUCUCAGUCCGUUUUCUUGAUCUGCACCAUGACCUGCAGAAGCUUAUCCCUGGUAUCUUCAUAGUGACAUCUGAGGUUGAUGGAGUGAAGAAGUCUGACGACAUUCAGCUCCAGUUACAGUUCACUGUGAAGCUCCGUGAAGAUAUAAAAAAGGAGCUGAUUGCCCGCCAAGCCCGCUACAAUUCGAUCCAGCUAUUGAUCGAAGCAGCACGCCGAUACGAGCAUUUUCACCCACCUCAAAAAGGAACUCCCUCUGAUGUUGUGUCGGAACAAGUCCCAAAUACGGUGUGGUGUUCGGCUGUGCAAUGUUAUAACUGUGGUGAGUAUGGUCACUUCGCUCGAGAUUGUAUGAAUAACCCACAAGCAUCCCACAGGACGGCUGGGGUGAAUAUGCCGGCUUUAACGCCCAGGUGGCCGUUAGGGAAAGGCAAGGGUUAUCAGUCUGGAGUUCAGUUGACACCUGCGAGUGGCCUUAGUGGCUCGCAGAACUUCAACGGCUCUAGACCUACACCACAGUUCGGGAACCGAGCAGCGUCCACACAAACAAUCUCCCCCGGCGUGAGCGAGAUCAAAGCAUGUUUCGUUCAUAAUGCAUUGAAGUUACCUCAACAUCCUUGGCUUGUUGGAGCCAACUCCGAGACUGAUGUAUUCUCACUCGUUGAGGGCCCCACAGAUCGCAAUGCUCUACCUACAACUUCGUCGACACCAUUUACUGUAUUUGUUGCUAAUGCCUCAUCCUCCACGGUGAGUGUCUCGCCUUUGGAGCCUCUAGGUCGUGUGAUUAAUCGUGAUCCUGAAGAACUUGCAGGCGUUUUUAAGCAUGAAUUGAACGAGGAGAGACGGCUUCUGAACGAAGCUCGUGAACGUGCCUUCGAAAAUGAUGCCAACCGUGAUCUACCGCCUUUGGGUGAUGAGACUGUUGACAAGAAACUGCCUAGGUCUGAUGAAGUAUAUGCCGAAGAAAAGAAGGACUUGGAAACGGUUAUCACCAAAUGGUGUCGAGUCUUUCAUCUACCAGGAGAGAAGUUCGAGGAGAUUCGAGGGUAUAAACAUCAUAUCAACACCGGUGACCAUGAGCCGCUAUACUGCACACCCUAUCCCCUCCCGGAAAGCCAAGAACGCUUCGUCAAGAAUGACGUUACCGAUCUUGAAGUUGAUGCGAGCGAGGCGAUCGAGAUGGUUGAGUCGAUGAAAACUGCGCACGCCUGUGUUCGCCUAGCCCUCAUAGAUAGUCGGCUGAGAGCCAAAGAACGAUACGAUCAAGAUCGAACUGCGCCAGAUUAUGCCGCGGGUGCCUAUGUUGGAGUGAGGACCUCUCCCCGUGCGAGCAAACUAUCCCUUCGUUGGCGUGGACCGUACGCGAUAGACAGUAUAAGUGGCAAUACGGUGCUGUUAAAAGCUCUACCUAGCGGACCGCCAGUUCCGACCCCUACUCGUAUUAAUGUGGAUAAGUUGGUACACCGCGAUUACCCGGCAUCCUUUCAUCGAGAUGUGAGCGGUGAGUCUCCUUCAUCCGUCAUUGAGAACCUCGACGAGCCGUGUGGUCGCUCCCAUUCUGAGAUUGGAUCCACCUCUCGUCAAUCCGUAUCACCGGAUCUCAGACGCCCAGCCUCUAUUGAUGAGAAGCUUCCAUAA